AUGAUUUUCCCUGGCCAGGAUUCAAGGCUGCACAAUAAAACCCUCAAGCGGACACGAAAAUUUGUGGUGGAUGGUGUAGAGGUGAGCAUCACCACUUCCAAGAUCAUCAGCGAAGAUGAGAAGAAAGACGAGGAGAUGAGAUUUCUCAGGCGCCAGGAACUUCGAGAACUUCGGCUGCUCCAGAAAGAAGAGCAUCGGAACCAGACCCAACUGAGCAGCAAGCAUGAGCUGCAGCUGGAGCAAAUGCACAAACGUUUUGAACAAGAAGUCAAUGCCAAGAAGAAGUUUUUUGACACAGAGCUGGAAAACCUGGAGCGUCAGCAAAAGCAACAAGUGGAGAAGAUGGAGCAAGACCAUGCCACGCGCCGUCGGGAGGAGGCCAAGCGGAUCCGCCUGGAGCAGGAUCGCGAGUACACCAGGUUCCAAGAGGAGCUCAAACUGAUGAAGAAGGAGGCGAAGAAUGAGGUGGAGAAGCUUCCCCGGCAGCAGCGGAAGGACAGCAUGAAGCAGAAGAUGGAGGAAUACACACAGAAAAAGCAGCUUCUGGACAGGGACUUUGUAGCCAAGCAGAAGGAGGACCUGGAGCUGGCCAUGAAGAGGCUCACCACCGACAACAGGCGGGAGAUCUGCGACAAGGAGCGCGAGUGCCUCCGUAGGAAGCAGGAGCUCCUUCGAGACCGGGAGGCGGCGCUGUGGGAGAUGGAGGAGCAGCAGCUGCAGGAGAGGCACCAGCUGGUGAAGCAGCAGCUCAAAGACCAGUACUUCCUGCAGCGGCAUGAACUGCUGCGCAAGCACGAGAAGGAGCGGGAGCAGAUGCAGCGCUACAACCAGCGCAUGGUGGAGCAGCUGAAGGUGCGGCAGCAGCAGGAGAAGGCGCGGCUGCCCAAGAUCCAGAGGAGCGAGGGCAAGACACGCAUGGCCAUGUACAAGAAGAGCCUGCACAUCAACGGUGGGGGCAGCGCCUCUGAGCAGCGUGAGAAGAUCAAGCAGUUCUCCCAGCAGGAGGAGAAGCGGCAGAAGUCAGAGCGGCUGCAGCAGCAGCAAAAACAUGAGAACCAGAUGCGGGACAUGAUGGCGCAGUGUGAAAGCAACAUGAGUGAGCUGCAGCAACUGCAGAAUGAAAAGUGUCACCUCUUGGUAGAGCACGAAACCCAGAAGCUGAAGGCCCUGGAUGAGAGCCAUAACCAGACCCUGAAGGAAUGGCGGGACAAGCUUCGGCCACGCAAAAAGGCCCUGGAAGAGGAUCUGAACCAGAAGAAGCGGGAACAGGAGAUGUUCUUCAAACUGAGUGAGGAGGCAGAGGGCCCCAGCCCCACCACCCCAAGCAAGGCCACCAAGUUCUUUCCCUACAGCUCUACAGACGCUUCUUAACAGCCACCUGAGCUGUGGCUGACAGCAUGGCGGGCCUCCAGGGACCUCCCACUUUUCGUGAACAAGUAACUCAGGACCCCUCUUCCCGCUUGUUUCUGUGCUAGCUCGAAUCCAGCCCCUUGCCCUGUGCCACACCAGUUGUUCCCAACAGGCCUGCCCCAGUUUCCUGACUUCUGGCAUGCUCACUCGUGGAGAGCGAGGUAUUGCCCAAUCCUAAUGUCUGCUCUCAUUGAGCCCCUGAUCCCUUCAAGCUGUGAUUUGGGCUGUUGGUGGGGUUAGGGUCCAGGAAGAAUGGUGUUCUGUGGCCUUGAGGCUCCUCCUGUUUGCCAAAACACCAUCUCUGCUGUCUAUGGGCUACCGAUGAAGUCACUAUGGGCUCAUCCGUAUCGUAAUUGUUUUUUCAGCUGUUCCCUAGAGUAUCACACAAGAAUCAAGGCCCCUAACAGCCAUUUCAGUUCCUGGUAGAGCCCAACCUGCAGCCAGCUGCUCAGGGGGUUUCCUCAUUGCUCUGGUUCCCCCAGUUUGCUUUCUCCUUAAGGCCGUGUCUACGUGGGGGAGGGAACUGGGGGAAGAGGGAAGCCUGAAAUGUUCAUUCUGCUGGUCUUAGUGUUUCAUGCCAUCUCGUGUCCCCCCUCCCUGCACACACACAGGGCUUGGCCCUCUGGCACUAUCCAGGCUUGCCUCCGCGCUCUGGCCUCUUGUGCCCAGGUGGGUUGGAACACAUUUGCCACCCAAGCCUGUGCCACCAAGUGUACUAGGUGGAGCAGCUGGUGUGGAACAUGCUGAGUGUUGCCUCCGGAGGCACAGAGAAGGCACAGGCUGUGCUGCCAGUCUCUUUCAUUUUGGCCCCACAUAGGAGCCUUGCUCAGGGAUAAAUCCCUCACCACGCGAGGCUUUCACAACGCAGCCUGCUCCCGUCUCACACUUGCCCACCCUGUCUGCAGGUGACAUGGAAAGGCUGUUUCCCUCUGCCCUAUGCGUCACCCCCCUCCCUCAGGGAGUCCCACCUUAAUUUUCAGACCCACGCUGGCAGUCACUGGACUUCUCUUCAGGAGGAGAAAGCAUCAGGGAGAAACACAAUGCUUCCUGCCCCCAGGGAUAUGGCAGAGGCAAAGGUUCUGUACCUCAGAUGGACUCCUGGGCCUUUGGGUUACUCAGUUGGCCUCCCACAGAUGUUGGUUACUGCAGGCUGCAGGGUGUGUAUAAGCCGACAAAAGCAAAUGCUUGAACCAGCAUGUGGUUUAUUUACAAAGAAAACCUUUUUCACCUUGAUUUCUGUUCCACUGAAACAGAUAUAAAAUUUAUGGCUUCUUCAGUAAGAUACCUGCUUUUAACAAACAAAACUGAUGAUGGUUUGAGGAAUCAUAUGGGCAUACUGAGUCUGGGUACUAUUCUGCUGGUGAUAGAAUGAAUGGCUGAGACACCCUGGGAGGACUUUCUCCUCUUUCUCUCAUAAAGGUUAAGGUUUGAUACUGUCUUUUUUUUUUUUUUUUUUCCU